AUGCAGGCCACUGCCGAUUCCACCAAGAUGGACUGUGUGUGGAGCAACUGGAAAAGUCAGGCUAUUGACCUGCUCUACUGGCGGGACAUCAAGCAGACUGGGAUCGUGUUCGGGAGCUUCCUGCUACUGCUCUUCUCCCUGACCCAGUUCAGCGUUGUGAGUGUCGUGGCCUACCUGGCUCUUGCCGCACUCUCAGCCACCAUCAGUUUCCGCAUCUACAAGUCUGUGUUACAAGCGGUGCAGAAAACCGACGAGGGCCACCCUUUCAAGACCUACUUGGAGCUCGAGAUCACCCUUUCUCAGGAGCAGAUCCAGAAGUACACAGACUGUCUGCAGUUCUAUGUGAACAACACACUUAAAGAACUGAGGAGGCUCUUCCUUGUCCAGGACCUGGUGGAUUCCUUAAAAUUUGCAGUCCUGAUGUGGCUCCUGACUUACGUUGGCGCUCUUUUCAACGGGCUGACCCUGCUGCUCAUGGCUGUGGUUUCAAUGUUUACUCUACCUGUAGUGUAUGUUAAGCACCAGGCACAGAUUGACCAAUAUCUGGGACUUGUGAGGACUCACAUAAACGCUGUUGUGGCAAAGAUUCAGGCUAAAAUCCCAGGCGCUAAAAGGCAUGCUGAGUAA